AUGCGAACGGCGGCGCCUCUACCCAAUCAGGCGCGAAGGCCGUUGUUACUACGGCAACAGCGUCCCGGCAACAGGGAGACCUCGAAGCGGCGCGGAACGGUAAUGGUGCCGGUACCGGCGAGCCCCGCGCCCUCGCCCCGCGCCGCAGAAAAAUAUGUGAUUUUGCCAGACUUAAGAGUUUCUGAUGACUGCCUAAUAUAUUUUUCAGCUGCGCCUGUAAGCUCUGUCCCAGAUCCCACAUUAUUCUCCUGGGACACUGGACAGAUCUUACUUCAAAAGACAGCUGAAAAAGAUGAUGAACUGAAAAAAGCAUUUCAGAUGCUUGAUGUUGGUCAGACCCUGACAGUCACAAAGGAUGAAUUCACGGGAGUGAUUGAAACCUUUCUCUUCCAUCUAACAAAAGCUGAAUUUGAUGCUGUGCUGGCAGAGGACUUAUCGGUGUAUAUUGAAAUACGGAUCCCAAAUACUGGCAAAGUUACUGUGCCAUAUCUCGACUUCCUGUCAAAGUUCACUAAAAUUUCCAGAAGUACCGGCAUGCUCAAAAGGUUGAACAGCCACAGUUGCCAAACAAUGACAUUAAGUCAGCUGGAAUCCCUGCUCAAGGAGAAACUGUGUUCAGCCUAUCAGGACAUUGAAAAAGCCUUCAGAGCAAUUGAUGUCAGUCGGAGUGGAUUUGUGUCUUUGGAUUACUUGAAGUCAGUCAUAAAUGGCUUUAUAUUUCCUUUGCCAAAUGAAACUUUUCAAGAGCUAAUGAAUGGAGUAAAUCCAUUUAGAGAUGAAGCUUUCUCCAGUGACACUGUUCUUCAGAAGCUGCGCAGAUACAUCCAAGAUGCUUAUCCCUCUUUAAAGCAGGCAUUCCUUAUGCUUGAUGAAGAGAUAGAAACAGUAUUUGAAAUGAAAGCUAAAGACUUCCAGGAGUUAAUUGAGAUAAUUGAUCCAGAAAAGACUGGAUACCUUGACUACCAUGAAUUUUUAGACUUGUUUGAAGAAAAAGAAUCAGUAACAGCUUUUUUUGCCUACAACAGGCAAUCACAUGGGAAAAUUAAUAAAGCUGGUUUUCAGAAGGUGUUGGAAGAUCAUGGCAUGCCAAUGGAUGACAGUCAAUUUAAUCUACUAACAGAAAAGCUAGGGUUACCAGAUGGAGGGUUGAGUUAUCUGGAUUUUGUGGCAAUACUGGAAGAUGCCAGAUUGAAUGGGCCAGGAGCUACAUUAUGUAACAGCCCAAACCACAGAGUAAAUGAUGUUAAAUUUCACUACAUGACUGCUGAAGAAUGUCUCAAUCAACUUAAUGAUAAGCUGACGGAAUUCUAUGGGGACACCUAUUCUGCCUUCCAUGAAACAGACAAUAACCAUGACGGUAUCAUCAACAUGCCUGAAUUUUGGCAAUUCUUGGACAGCUUUCAGCUUCAUCUUAGAGAUGAGGAAUUCCUGCACCUACUUGGUUUGUUGGGAAUGAACCUGACCUCCACGUUAAAUUACCAAGAAUUCUGUCAACUGUUCCACACCCAAGAAACUAAGGCAGCUUAUGGAAUCUUCUCUCAAGCAGUGGGAGUGGGCAUAACUCAGAAGGUUCCCGGGCACCUAAAAGAGAUUAAUGUGGCAUUCAUGUUUCUAAAUCCAAAUGGAGCCCUCAGCAAAGGCUGUCAAGGCCCAGAUCCCUGGGAGCUCAGAAUCGGCCGAGUUUGCAGUGUUGCAGUUCUCCAGGACCUAAGUUCUGGUCUGCGCGUGCCAUGGGUGGUACAGGAACUCAGUGGAAAAAAACAGAUGAUAAUGGAUACAGAGCUAGCUUGUGAUCACGCUCAUUACUACCUUGUUAUCAAAGCAAGAACCAGAUGGCAUGACCUAGCAAGGAAUUUUCAGGAAUUUGACAGUGAAGGAAAUGGCAUUAUACAGCCAAGGGACUUGAAGAAAGUCUUGUACCGAUUUGGCAUUCCAAUCACCCUGGAAGAAUUUAAGCAGCUUUGGGCAAGGUAUGAUAUAGAUGUGAAAGGAUAUCUUACUCACCAAGAAUUUUUACAGAAACUGGGGAUAGAGUUUGCACCUGCUGACACAGGGCUCUGCAGACACAUCACAAAAUACAGCUAUGCACAAUCACAAGCACAUUAUAAUAAUCAACAAAAGAAGCAUUCGAAUCUGGAAGAGCAGCAGGAACAGCAAACUAAAGCUCUGCAUGUAAGAGAAAUUAAAAAGCCGAUCAAGGAUAAAUUUAGGGAUUACUUCCAAGAUUUCAAUAAGGCCUUUCAUAAAGUGGAUAAAAAUAGAGAUGGCUAUGUAACAGUAUGCAACCUGCACAGGCUACUACCAAAAUUCAGCUAUUACCUUGAUCACGAUCAGUUCAAUAGUCUUCUAAACAGCUUAGGAAUCAGCAUUCAUGACAGCAAGCUCUCUUAUUUUGAUUUCCUGAGAGCAAUUGAUGAUGGCAGAGCAUCUAAAUACCAACAGAGACAAAAGCAGGCUGCACCACCUGCAAGCUUUGCAGCGCUCAGCUUAGAACAGACCCUAAUUAAGAUAAAAGAAAUAGUUGCAUCAUCUUAUGAUUUGUUGUACAAGUUAAAAAUAACACAGGGUUCCAACAAAGAUGUCACUAGUGGUGUCACUGGUACAAGCACCCGAAAAAAGGCAUCUUCUUUAUUUGAUAAAGAAGACACUGGAGUAAUUAAAGCACUGGAAUUUCAGCAAGUACUUGACCAUUUCCGCUUUAAAUGAUCAGACAAGCAGUUCAGGCACCUUCUCAAGAACCUUAACCUUUGUGAGGACUCCACAGUAGACUGGAAAGUUUUCCUGAAAAACAUAAACCACCUCACAGAGUCUGAGGAAGGGCAAAAAGUCAUUCUGCCUAAGUCUUCUUGGGAGCUAUCAGUGAGAGGCAUCCUCUCACAGAUACAAGAAGUAGUGACUGCUGGUUUUAACACAAUUGCACAAGAGUUUAAAGAUAUUGACUCUUCAAAAGAUAAUACAGUGUCAAAAGAGGAGUUCUGGGAUAUACAUAACCAAUGUUUUCAGCGUCUGACUGAAGAACAAUUUGGAAAUCUUUGGAACACAGUGGAUAUCAGCACCGGUGGACAGUUGGGGUAUCAGGACUUUUUGAAGAAGUUCAGCUCAGAACUUGUAACAAUGCCAUCAAGCACUCCCAGUGCAAUUAGUUCUGCAACUUCUACCAAGCCAGCUACCCGUGCUGUGCUGGAGCCACGUGUGUCUUCUCAGCCUGAAUGUCCCAAGACAUCAUCUUCUCUAGUAGGGCAAAAGAGUAUAUCAACAUCCAGUCAUCCUCAGACAACAACUUGUUCUGCACCUAUCCUUAACUGUGAAGCAAUAGAAAAUAAGAUGAGAAAGAACAUCCAACAUUCCUGGAGAGGCAUACUGAAAGUGUGCCAAGAGAAGGAUGUCAACAAGCUAGGAGAAAUCCCAGUGUCAGACUUCCUAGAUAUAGCAGAGAAGUUCAGUUUGGAUUUAAGUAAAGGGGAAAUUAACCAAAUAACAACAAAAUAUGAUUUAAAGAAAAAUGGAAGAUUUGCAUACUAUGACUUCCUUCAGAGUUGUAUCUUGUUGUUAAAACCACAGGAAAGCUCACUGCUACAGAGGAUAAUUAUACAGAAGCCACAAAAGCCAAUGAGUCCUGGACCACAAACCACACCGUUCUUCUGCGCAAUGCUGAGAAUUCAGCCCCAGAUCUUGUACUGCUGGAGACCAAUGAAGCGAACUUUUAAAUCCUAUGAUGAAAGUCAUACUGGACUGUUACAUAUUGCAGAUUUCAGACAAGUUCUUCAUGAGUACAGCAUUGACCUAACUGAAGAGGAGUUAUUCAACAUUUUGGAAUAUUACGAUAAAACUUUGUCUUCAAAAAUAUCCUAUAAUGAUUUUCUCCGUGCGUUCAUACAGUAG